GACGCCGCUCGCAUCUCUUCGCUGUGAAUUUGUUUUAACUACAUUCUCCGUCAAAUUAUUCAUAUUUUAUCCAUCGUAAAUGAGUCGCAGAGGAGACAGUGAUGAUGACAGCUGCGGUAAACGGAGAGUGGCGUACGUCUACAGCCCGGAGUACAUCGAGACUUGCGACUCUUUAUCCAAAGUGCCAAACCGGGCGAGUAUGGUCCAUUCGCUGAUAGAAGCCUAUGGACUCCUCGAACACAUGAGCACCAUUAAACCUCAGCUGGCCACCAUAGAGGAAAUGGCCAAGUUCCACACAGACUCUUACCUGGAGCACCUUUGCAAGAUCAGCCAGGAUGGAGACAAUGAUGACCCCCAGUCUGCUGACUACGGCCUGGGUUACGACUGUCCAGUGGUGGAGGGGAUAUUUGACUAUGCGGCAGCAGUAGGGGGCGCUACCCUGACAGCAGCCCAGUGUCUGCUGGACCAGAAGUGUGACGUGGCCAUUAACUGGGCAGGAGGGUGGCACCACGCCAAGAAGGACGAGGCGUCCGGUUUCUGUUAUGUGAAUGACGCUGUGCUGGGAAUCCUCAGGCUGAGGGAGAAAUACGAGAGGGUCCUCUACGUGGACGUGGACCUGCAUCAUGGAGAUGGUGUGGAAGACGCCUUCAGCUUCACGUCCAAAGUCAUGACCGUCUCUCUGCACAAGUUCUCUCCUGGAUUCUUUCCAGGUACGGGUGACCUGUGUGACACCGGCCUGGGUAAAGGCCGUUGGUACGCUGUGAACGUCCCGCUGGAGGACGGCAUCAAGGAUGACAGAUACUACCAGAUUUUUACCAGCGUGAUGCAGGAAGUGCGGGCGCAGUUCAACCCGGAGGCGACGGUGAUGCAACUGGGUGCCGACACCAUGGCGGGCGACCCCAUGUGCUCCUUCAACAUGACCCCGGUGGGGGUGGGCAAGUGUCUGCAGUAUGUCUUGGGGUGGCAGCUACCUACACUGCUGCUGGGUGGAGGAGGCUAUAACCUGGCCAACACGGCCCGCUGUUGGACCUACCUGACGGCAUCAGUGCUGGGAAAGACUCUCUCCUCUGAGAUACCAGACCACGAGUUUUUCACAGAGUACGGACCCGACUACUCGCUGGAGAUAAGCCCAAGCUGUCGGCCGGACCGCAACGACACCAAACACCUGGACCAGGUCAUCAGCACCAUCAAAGGGAAUUUAAAGAAUGUGGUUUAGGAGUCAGCAGCCUCCUCCUCUGCACACACACACACACACACACACACACACCAUGUUUCCAAACCAGGUCGAUGCUCUGCGGCUUUAAUGAAGACAAUAUGGAGCAGACCCCUUCGGCCCUGAGGCACGGAGCGAACGAGGGAGGGAUGAAGGCAGGAAAAAGAGAGCGAGUGAGGCUUUUGGAAAACAUUAGCUGAGUGUUUCCAGGGGAAAACAGUUUAAUAAGGGGAGGCGAGGGGGGGGGGGGUGAUGUGGUUACUGUACAAUGUUCGCUGUUUUUAAUCCUUUUGUUUCUUUGGAAAAUGUAUGUGUGUUUGUGUGAAUGAGAGAGUUUGUGGUGAGUUCAAUGUGAGCAUGUAAAACUGAAUUACAGUGGGUUUUUUACAGUAAGUGCACCCAGAGUUUUUCGCAUCAAGGGAUGCGUUUGUGUACAUCCUAUCAGUUAGACACUUUUUUCACUAAACAGGAAAACAGAUCAGGUGUCAGGUUUCACGUUCACCCCGGUGCCGCUGUGAUUUUAGCCCUCUGAGGACAGAUAAGCACUAAAACAGACAAAAAGCGAAGGUUCCCCUAAACGCCUCGUUAUACUUGUAAAAACCCCUGGGUUUCUGAACAGGCCCGGAAAGUCCUGUAAGUACAUGAAAUGCAUUUUCCAAGUCUUGAGAAACUUGGAAAGUUUACAAACAAACAGUGCGGAAAAGUUUGGAAAAUAGGCGGUUACACAUUGUAGAAGUUGAUUUGCUCAGCCUCAUUGUUUUGACCCCUGGGCAAAAUCUGCAAAUUAAACAUCUGGACAGAGUUUGGAAUUUUAAAUGGAAAAUAUGCAGGGAAAGUUGAAAAGGUUUCUCUUUUCCAUGGACAGACACUAACAGAUUGCAUGAACUUUUUCGAAGGUUUUAGAUGAAAGCAGAUGGUCUGGCACCACUGGAGAAGAAAGAAAAGUCAACUCACUUCAGGUUAAUAAACAAACACGGCUGCUGCUUGAAGACUGACAGAUGCAGGUUUUAUAGAACGACUGGAAAUACAGCCUUCACAAGUCUACAGUUCUGUCGCUAAAAGAUUCUGUAUUAUUCUGAGCUGUGGCAUCACAUGUCUCAUCGUGUUAUCAGUGACGUCCACCGCACGGUUUACCACUGAAAACAUGACAGAAAUCUGGGGAAGUGGAACAUGGAGAGUGGAAAAAUGUCUGAGCCCAGUCUGCAGUAUGGCAUGCUAAAAAAAUAAAGAGAGCAUCUCCACUGUAGUUGUAGUUGCCUUUAAAUGGUCAUUCCUUUUCAACCUGGGCCUGAUUUUUACACAUUUUGGAGUCUAAAUGACAUAAGGAUACAAAAGGUUUUGGAAUUGGAAACUGGCUGCAAUGGCUGCAAAGUAAUCCUUUGGGACAAAUGCGCCUGUUAAAGCCCGUCCAGUAAAAGUGUUUGUUUCUGCCAUUGACAGGAUCACAUUGUUAUUCUAAGUGAUCACAUUGUUUCUGAUCUGAAACAAACUAACCGAUCGAGGCAGCAGUGGGCCAGCAGCUCCUGAGUUCUGCGAGGUAAAAUUACUGUUUUUGUCAAUGGAGUCUGGUGGCUUUGAACAGAAUGGUACAACGGCUGUUUCCGGGGAAACAAAAAGGCCGAUUUCAAUUGAGAUCCUUUCCAUAAUGUUGUCAGACACUUAAAAUAACAAUGAAAAAACAAGAACUUUUAGUGGACAUACUUUGACGGGCACAUUUGCCCCGAAGGCUGAUGUUGCAGCCAUCGCUGCCUGUUUCAAAGCUGCCGGCUGAGGAAAUUUACUGGACCAAAUCCAAAGCUUUUUGUACCUAUUAGUUAUUUGGACCCCAGCAUGUGUGGGAAAAAAAUUAAAAAUAGCAGAAUUACCCUUUAAAUGCAGCUUCAAUGUAAAUGUAUAGCUUGUGUUUUUUUGUUGAUGCAUCACAAACAUUUGCUUCUUUGUUUUGUUUUUUCACAGCUCAUUAAAAUGCCUGAACGGUCCUGAUUAUAUCCGCGCCUGUAGAAGUUUAGAAAACAGAAAUAUCUCGUUUAAUCCCCCCAGCUGGAGUGUUUGUGAUGUGGCACGUUAGUCACAUUGCACAGCUUUAACCGCUGCACAUCAAACUGAACAGUGACCAAAACCUUCAAAUCCCCUCACGGAGCUGAGGCGCACGUCAAGGCUCGGCGUUCGCGGAAUCGCAGAAAUGUGUGAAAAAUGAAUUGGAUCAGUUUUUGCACUAAUUGCACUAAUAGUCUGAGAGAUUGCAUGGAUCAGUCCCAGUGUUCGGGGCCAAAUUCCCUUUUAAAAAGCCCAUUUUUAAUAGAGAUCAUAGAGCUUUUAACAGAGUGCUGCAAGAUUUCAUUGAAAGCUCCAGGAAAAGGAUCUCGAGUCAAGUUUUUUUCUUUGUUUUUUGUUUUUUGUCAAACGACUGUAAUUGUACUAAGUAAAAGCAUUAAAUCCACCACUGGUUAUUUUUGAAGAAGUCUCGUUUGUGUUUUUUUGUUUUUGGGUUUCUAAUUUGUAAUAGUUUUAACUUGCGUUGUGUUUAAUUCCCAAAUAUACGUACGUGACAACACUUUUCACAAGACCGUAAAUUCGCUGUCACCUGUCGAAUCCACUGCAGAAAAACAUGAAAUCUCGCCGGAAAGCAGGUUGUUUAACUGUUUUUAUUUUAUUGUUUAUGUCUUUGUCCUACAGAAUUACGUUUUCCUUUUCCAACUGUUGCCAUGUUUUGAUGUACAUACUGUAUCGCGGGCAUUUUGUGGAAAUAAAAGACAA